UACCAGACAGCUCCGGCAUGUCACUCUCCCUGACAGCACAGGACACAGAAGAAAACACGCUUCGGACAAAGUGGGGACCUAUCAAAGCAGCAAGACCCACGCUUCGGACAAAGUGGGGACCUAUCAAAGCAGCAAGACCCACGCUUCGGACAAAGUGGGGACCUAUCAAAGCAGCAAGACCCACGCUUCGGACAAAGUGGGGACCUAUCAAAGCAGCAAGACCCACAGGAGACCUUCAGGCUCCGAGACAUCAACACUCCACCUGAGAAUGUGACAACAAGACACGCGGACAGGAUGGACAGACAAAACGGAAAUAUGUUGCCUUUCAAAGCAAAUGAGAGCUCCAUUAAAGGCAAACCUGCAUACUCGGUGGAAACCCCGUACGGUUUCCGUCUAGACUUGGACUUCCUGAAGUAUGUGGACGAUAUCGAGAAAGGGAACACCAUAAAAAGAGUCCCCAUCCAUCGCCGAAGCAAAGGCCCUCUGCCUAACACUCUUCCCCGGCACCUGCACCCCUCAGGCUACCGCCCUAGCGCUUGGGGAUCGACCGGAGCCCUCAGCCCCAGGUCUCGACCGCCCGAAGACCGUCAUCAUGCCGCUUCCUGGUUGUACGAUUACAGGAAGCCCGUUUCUUCGAGAGGAUUAGCAGAAAUGGAGGCCAAGAUCAGAGAUUUUGAUGAGCAGCCCUUGGGCGAGCAUAUCCGACCUCAUCUCCUCCGAGCCUCCAGUCUGCCGCUCACGGUGUUGUUGAGACAAGGAUCAGAGUCGACGGAUGAACUCGGCAGUCCUUGCGGUUCAAGGGAUCACCUCGGAGGUAGAAAUAGCUCCUGUGAAGACAUCUUUGACGUCCCUCGGGACUGUUCAGGCCUGGUAAGGCGCCUGACGGAAGCUCUUGAACAUGUGGAGGAGCUGGAGAAGGAAGUUCAGGUCAUUCCAGACCUCAAAGCUCAGAUCAGUUUUCUCCAGGAGGAAAAAGAAAGGCUGCGCUCGAAAAUUCACACGGCAUCCUUGAACGGAACCACGGCCCACCACCUCUCCGCCGACAACAAAAGGCCGCGGCAUGACCGGUGCGGCAACGGUCAAGAGUCGAAUCCCGCGCACGAGUGGAGGGCGAGCGCGGAUCUGGACGAGCUGCUGACGGUCACAUCCCUCCAAGCCAAAGUAGCCGCGGUGGAGCAGAAGCUCCACGAGACGGAGCUUGAACUCCAGAAGGUCACAGGGAGGCUGAGGCAGCAGCAAAAAGAGAGCAGGAGCAAAGAGGAACAGAUCGAACACCUCACCGCACGCCCCGGGGUGUGGGUUUGCGCAGAGCGGGUGGUGGUGGACCAGGAGGGGGAGGAGAUGACAAAUGGAGAAAGUUCACGGCUGCCUGCAGAUGCUGGGGCUCACACUUUGGACACAGCCGUGGUGGUCCACCACAUACAUCGAAUCAAGCGGCUCUUGGAUCAGCAGUGGGAGUGUUUGAGCGCCACAGACGAAGAGCUGAUUAGCCCGAGAGUGAUCUCCGUGCAGCAGGAGAUGAUGGACCUCAUCGACGUCCUUACCUCCCACUACACGCGGUCCGAACGCAACCGUGGACAAAGUCUUCAACACCAAGAUGGUGAAUGCGGCACGAAGACCAUCGCUGGAACUUGGACUUCCAACGCUGCUGAUGAAGGGUACAAAACCACUGCCAGCGACAAUCCAGUCGGGCCGAGUCGUGUCCACCAGAAGGUUUGUCGUGAGGUCGGCACCGGGCCUUGGGAAACGGACGCAGACCCAGCAAAGGCCUGGACGGGGGAGAGCGGGGAAAUGAGCCGGGACAGGUCGGGGCGGACAGAUGGGGCGGCAUCCGUCGACGUGGCCAAGGUGAAACCGCUGCCGACGGGAGAACAGAUGGAGGGAAACUCCGAGCCCGAAACAACCAGAGGCAGUGAGACUGUGAAUGCCGACUUUAUGGCUGCGUGCAAGUUCCUCAACGAUCACAUGGACGACAUAGAGGACCCGACUGAGGACACGAAGAAGGCCCUGGUCGUGCUAUUUCAAGAGUGGUUCGGUGCGGCGGCGGAGGACAAUUCGGUGGCUAGCAGGGUGGCGGCAUACCUGAAGGAGAUCCAGAAGACCACACCGUCCCUCAUGGCCUUCCUCAUCAACCUGGCCGACGAUAACGGCAACACGGUUCUGCACUACAGCGUUUCUCACAGCCACUACAGUAUAGUCAGUCUGCUGCUGGACACAGGCGUGAGUGACGUAAACUUCCAGAACAAGGCGGGCUACACCGCAGUGAUGCUGGCCUCUCUGACGGUCCCUGACAACCCAAGUGACAUGGAGGUGGUCCGCAGGCUCAUGGGGCUCGGCAACGUCAACGUCCGAUCCGAACAGACGGGCCACACAGCUCUGCACCUGGCGGUGAGACACGGACGAGUCGUGAUGGUUCGCUCGCUGCUGAGCUGCGGAGCGGACGCCGACAUCCAGGACGGUCAGGGGACCACGGCCCUGAUGUUUGCGUGCGAGAGGGGCCACACGCACAUCGCCAGGCUGCUGCUGGAGAGGACCCGGUGCCGACUUAGCCUCACUGAUCAGAGCGGUCGUACCGCACUCGGCAUCGCCGUGCAAGGUUGCCACGGCGACACGGCCGCCCUGCUGCAGGCCCACGCCAGGACCCGAGCUCUGUAGCGACCUCCGACCCCCAUGCCUCCCUCAUUUUCACGAAAGCAUGCUUCUAUUUUACAACUCACCCCCCUUUAUGAAAUACAAAAAUGCAAUCUUCCCGAUGCCCUUGAAGGCAACACCCUGGGUGUUAUCGGGGCCACCUUGCUGCCAGGACAACGGAAACCUUUCGGGUUUGAAUCGACACGGUACCAAUUGCAAGUACGCUUGUGCACGUCAACGUGACUAAAACACGCACUAACGUCAUAAAUGUGCAUUGUUGAAUAGUCAAAUUUCAUGUUUAAAUGUUGUAAUAAAUUGCUUAUAACUGUU